AGUAAGUCGCUUUCGCUUUUAAACGUUAUUCAUUAAACGUUAAUCAUAAUUAUUUUACAAUCGUAAAAUAUAAUUAUAAAAAGUACAAAGAAACACACAUAAAAUAUAAAAAACGUAAUGUAUUGUUAAGAUUCAUGGUGUUAAGAUUCAAUAAAAGUGGAUAAUAUAAAAUUUUUUUUCUACAUAUUAAAGGAAUGAACGGAAAGAAAGCAAAAAAAAAAAUUUUUUUAUGAAACUUACAUGUGCGCAAGAGAUUAUUUUCAAAAUACUCCUUUCGCUAUACUUACUGUUAUCUGAAAAAUAUUGAAAGUAUAGAUAAUGGUUAAUCAAAUUUAUAAUAUUAUUUAAAAUAAGAAUUUGAAAUUAAUUAAAUUAUGGCUCAACGAAACGAUAAAAACGACGAAAUUAUUUACAUGGAUGAAAUUGGUGAUGAAAUACCAAAAUCAUUAGCUUCUAAAUCAUUGGAAAUGACUGUUGGAAUACGUUCUGAUAUGACUGAAACUGACAAUACGAAUAAUCCACGACCGACUGCUGGUCCAGAAAUUAACAAUCAUAAAUUAGCUACUAAUCCUCCUAUAUUUGAUUAUCGAGGUACAGAUAGUGGUCUUUUAUCAAGUGAACCGGGAAUAUCAGAAAAUCCAAGAACUCCAUUUUUUUCACGAUCACCUCUUCAACCGAUACCUGACGUGAAUAUCUAUCAACACAAAAAGACGCUUGCUCAAGGGAUGAUGGAUUUGGCUCUUUUGUCUGCCAAUGCGAAUCAAUUGCGUUAUGUUUUACAAACCGAUGGGGGUCAUCAAUAUUAUUAUCCUUCAUUGGUACUAAUAGGUUCCAGCUUAUUGUUGCAAAUUGCAGUAGGAAUAGGAUUGAUAUGGAAUAGCAAGUAUAAUAUUAAAGACGAUGCUCAAAUGUGUAAAGCUGAUCGGACUAAUAAUUGGACAGUGAUUGGUAUAUUCUUAGUGACAAUUUUCAAUGUUUUUAUCUCGUCAUUUGGCGUUGUUGAUCAAGUGUCGACAAUACCUAUACAAACUUAAAAUUGUUAAAAUUUAAAACUGAAAUAAUAUUAUGAAUUAAUAAGGAAUUUUGACAUUUUAUAUUUUAAAUAAUAUACUUGAAUAAUCAUAAAAGAAGGUAUGGAUUUUUAUUUUACUAUUAAACUUGCACACAAUAGGGGAUUGAUUGUAAAAUUUUUUCCAAUUUCUUAAAAAGUUUCUCUUUUUUUUUAGCUAUAUUUUCUGUCUUUUCAUUCAAUUCGGUAGAAAUUUCCAUUAACCAUUUUUCUAUUUCUAUAUUAUUAUCUUGAACUUUUAAUAAACGCGAAAUGCAUUUACGUUCACAGUCUAGAGAAUUUAUAGGUUUCUCUUUAGAUGAUAAUGUUUCUAAUUUUUCUUGAAUUAUACAACAUAAUAAGGAAAUGAACUUCGAAACUUCAUUCCAAUCCAUAUCUUCUAAAUUGACAUUUUGUAACUUAUUGUGUUCUUGUAUUACUGUUAUCUGUAAUUUUUAUUAUCAUUAUUUUAUUAAAAUUAAUAAAUUUAAUAUUUUAUAAAAUGA